AGGAGGGCUGUGGACAUGCGCGCUCCGCUCACUGGAAAACUAAAUGCGUCAACUUCUUUGGUUUGUUGGGAGUGUGUUAUUUCUUCCGUUCUUUGGUAGUUUAUCGGACAUGAGUGAAGAUGAAUGAGAAUGCAUUUGAGGUUCCAGAGAGGGCCGAGUACCGCUACCUGGUGCAGGAGGAGGAUGAGGAGGAGGUGCAGUAUGUGCGUCACAGAAACUAUAUCAGCCCUUUCCUGGUGCUGUCCAAACGCUGCAUCUUCUUGAUCUGCCUCGGGGUGCUGGCUCUGCUCGUUCUCGCUGCCUACCUGGGUUAUGUGGCCCAGACACUUCCACUGGGACUUGCCCAGGUGUCAACAGACUGCGGUGACUUCAGAGGAAGAAAUAAAGAUGGAGCCUAUUCCUUUAAGGGCAUGCCCUAUGCCGCUCCACCCAUCGGUGACCUGCGUUGGGCUCCUCCAGCCAAACUGGUAUGCAAGAGCGGGGUUACCGACGCAGGCCAUUUCCGCAGCAUGUGUGCUCAGGUGCGGCCCUUGUCGAGCGCAGGGAAGGUGAUGGGCCAGGAGGAUUGCCUUUUUAUCAACGUGUGGACCCCCACGCUGGAGCCUGAUGCUAAGCUUCCUGUCAUGGUCUGGAUCCACGGAGGAUACCUGCACAUGCUCAGCGGUGGAGAGCAGGGAUACUCGCCCACGGAGAAGCUUGCUGCCGACACAAGAAUGGUUUAUGUCAGCUUCAACUACAGACUCAAUGCCUUUGGCUUUCUUGCUCUAAGGAUGCUGACAGAAGGUUCUCCAAGAAACACCUCAGGGAAUUAUGGCUUCCUGGAUCAGAUCGCAGCCCUGGAGUGGGUUCAAAAUAACAUCCGUGUGUUUGGAGGAGAUCCAGGCAAAGUUACCAUAUUUGGACAGAGCUCAGGUGGAACAUCAGUAUGGACCUUGAUGAUGUCACCACGAGCCAAAGGUCUCUUUCAUGCAGCGGUGGACAUGAGCGGCUCGUAUGUCUACAACGCAACACUAGAGCAAGCAGAGUUGGACAAUCUGGUGUUCCUGAACAGAACAGGCUGCAGAAAUUUGGCUUGCCUGAGGCGCCUCUCUAUCAGCCAGGUCUUGCAGGCCAUCCCGUGGGAGGAGUACCCUUCCUGGGCAGCAGAGGAUCUAACUGACCUCCCCACCAAAGGCCAUUUCAUCGGCCCGGUUGCAGUGGUGGACGGCUAUGUCCUUGAAGCUCCGCCUUUUGAGGUGUGGGAGAAGAAGGGAAAGUACAAUGAUGUCCCUUUCCUCAUCGGAACAACACAGCAGGAGGCUGACUUCGGUCCUCCACCUGCAAACAUCUCCCUGUGGACCUGGGGGGACUACGAGUGGUUUGUAACAGAUAAACUUCAGUCAUUCAGUAAGGAUCUCCCCAAGAAGGCGUUGGAGCUGUAUCCAUCUUCAGCCCCAUGUCCCACCAAAGACCGCUGCCCAGAGAGGGCCUAUACCACCAUGGUGUCCGACAUCAGGGUCACCUGUCCCAACAACGACCUGGCCCAGAGGGCUGCAGCUGCACUCAGCAGUCCUGUGUAUCGCUAUGUGGUGACGUACACACCAUCCGGACCUGUCAACACAUCCAGUGGCCUGCUUCCAUUCCCCAGCCGCUUCUCCUUCCACUGUCUGGACGCCGUGGCUUUCUUUGGAGGGCUGGAGUUGAUCUUGGGGAAAACUCCCUCUGAUCAGGACAGGCGCUUCCAGAAUCUCAUUACAAACAACCUUGUCAGCUUUGCUAAAACAGGUAAGGUGGAGGCAGGGUGGUUCGAGUACCCGCGGGGCAUUGCUUUCUUAUCUGACACCCUAAGAAUGGUCCAGAACUACACCCAGUGUGAUCUGUGGAAGAAGAAUGGCCUGUAUGCCUACGCCUGGAUGAACUGAGCACAGACUGCUGCUGCUGGAAGUCACUGUAGUUUCUGAUCCUUUCUGCCUCAUCCAGAGCAAGUCCUGCAGCAGCUGUUUUGAGUUUGAAUCCUCAACAGAAAUUAAACAUUUCAUUUGAGGCAGCAUUUGAGUUCCCCAUAUAUUAAUUUGGUGUUAUUUGGGUGAAUCAACACUUACACAGGCUUUAUGCCUGUGUAAAGUAACUGUACAUAAAACUAGGUAUAAAUUUAGAUGUCUGCUGAUGACCAAGACCAAAGGGAAUAACACUCAACUUUAUAAUGGACAUGAUGGGAUUCAUGGUUUAGUGUUUGUGUCAAAUUAGUGUAAAGUUUCCUUUAUCUGGGUACAGUCAUGUAACACUAUUCAGUAAAAUUAUUGCUGGAUAUUUAAAGCACAUGGGAAGUUUAACAUCCCUGACCUGCUGAAGUGUUUGAAAAGUUGGCACUGUCACGUUUCUCAUGCAGCCCAGAUUCUUAUGUUGUGGUCUUGAAGGAAAUUCCUUCUAAAAGCAAGCCUGGCAACUCCGAGCCAUCCUGGAAACCUACAGGGGAAAAAGAUGAUUGGCUUUCCCCCAAAUAAGCUUUAAAAAGCUUUUAAAAGGGUUAAUUAUUUGAAUAAUCCUUUUAAACAUAAUAUGAAUAAACAUUUCUUUUUCUUUUUUUUUAAUAUUAAUUAUUAAACAUUAACAUUUUUAAACAUUUCUAGCAACCAGGCUAUAAUAACCUUACCCUAUAUAAAUUUGCUCAUCUCCCUUUCAAGAUCCUCUUUGAGGCAUGUCCAAACACAAUCCAGUGCAGCUGCAGUUUUUAGGUCUUUAAGCAGAAGUCCCCUUUUGACCACUCCCACUGUGGACCCACGUUCAUUUCAAACUGACCUUUGAAUGGUCAUCACUAGGAUGAGAGCUGGAUGUCCAGCUACAACUGAUCAGCUAUGUGGUGGAGAGUCCAUAGUUUCCAAGCCUGAAGGCAAUGCAUCAGAUAAGUGAGCAUGUUGUACAAGCACAUUAAAAAAAAACGCAAGAAAGCACACCAACACAAUCUCUUCUCACCACCUGCACUAACCACAAGACUUCUGUUCCUGCAGCUUGGUCCACUCACAAAAAUGAAAAUAAAGUUGAAAUGACUUUUCCAGUUUUUCAAAAUCUUUAACAGAUCAGCUCACACUGCACAUGAACAAGUGCAAGGGGGCAUAACGGGGCUUCAAAAACUAGCAGCUGCACUGAAAGCAGCCCAAAGGUGUACAAGAAGACACAUUAGAUUUAUAUAGGCCUAUUUCUGCAACUUCUACACCUCAUAGAAAGCAAUCAUAGUCUUAAUGAAAUCUUAAGAUGUGUCCUCUGUUUGCAAGAUGUUGCUGCUUCCAGUUUUUUUUCAGUGAACUAGGCGGUUCCUUUAGAUCAUUUGUUUUCUAAAGAAAUGCAAAGUCUUGUUAAAUUUAUUUGGGAAAAUACAGUUUUAAUAAGGUUAUCUGGAUUUUCACUUGAGGCCCCAUCUACAAGACAGCCAUGUCUUUCCCACCAACUUGGUGCUGGUGCGUCCAGCAAGUUCUAGUACCAAGUUUUUGGUGGUGGAAGGAGUUUUUUGGUAGAAAUGCAUGGAACCGUUUCUAGUUUGUGAACAGCAUUGGAGGGGGAAAAUUUUUUCAGAUGUUUUUUUUUUGUAUAUAAAUAUUGGAAAUAUUAUGAUAAAAGGGGGAAUUUGAAAACAAGCUUGUUUUGUUUUGUGUUUUUUUUUUAAAAGAAAAAUAUAUUUGUUAUGUAAACUGUGAAUGUGCUGUUGAGUCACAGGAUGUUAUUUUUGUCACAUUCUGCUAUUUGCACUGAUUUCAAGCUUUGCCACUGAGCAUCCAUACUUUCCUGUGAACACGUACCUUUCCUUGUAUAUUUGGAUUAAAGUUUUAAUUAGUUAGUGGAACCAAGCUCAACUUUUUAUUACCCUUUUGCUUCUGAUUUAUUGGAUUAUGUGACUCUAAUCAGACUUUUAAUAUUUACAAAUUUACACACAUCUGUGUUUUGACAGUCAUUGCUAUCAGCUUGUUUUUAAUCUACAUUGGCCUUGCAUUAUUCUUUUGUAAUGAUUUGCAAACAGUACUCAGGCAUGAUUUUUUUGCUGUGUGUUGAUGUGUUGACAUAAACGUUUUGUAUGUUCAGUAAAUUUGUGAAUAAUGCAAUUUUUAGUCCUCUGGGACAGAUGUCAUUUGUUGCGCUCCAUGUGGUCUGGAAAUUAAAUGGAAACCUUUCAGUGGAUUUUACUCAAAUUUGGCAGAAACAUUCAGUGGGGGCCAGAGAGGCAAAGAUAAGUUUGGUGUUCAGAUUGAAUAUCUGGGGGCCCCAAAAGGGUUAAAAAAAAAAUUAAAUUAAAAAAAUUAAUUUUCACAAAUGUGCCAAAAUGACCCUUUGCAUACUUUGCAGUGUAUCUUUUGAAAAAUACACCAUAAGUUUUUCUGAUAGUGAUUGUGGAAUGUGAAGGGAUUCGGUAUCAACCCUUAGAGGAAUUUUUGUAACCACUGAUGCUUGUUGGGGGUUUUUUGUACAAAUACAUUUAUUACAAUUAAA